CCUAUAGCGAGAUUUCCUCCUACCUCACCGAACCCGAAAAACGGCUGGUGUCAUCCUCAGAGCCAUUUUUGUUUCUUCUUUCAUCCAUUAAAUCUAAUUGGACCAACCCUUCAGUCCAUCAUCAUUUUACCUGUUUGGAUUGGCCAACACAGAGCUUCACAGCACACCCACACGUACAUUUCAGAUUGCUGGUCUGAAGAAGCUCGGUGCUGAAUCAUGGGGAAUAUUUUUGGUAAUCUGCUGAAGAGUCUGAUAGGAAAGAAGGAGAUGAGGAUUCUGAUGGUUGGAUUGGAUGCAGCUGGUAAAACAACUAUCCUGUACAAACUCAAACUGGGUGAGAUUGUUACCACCAUCCCAACAAUUGGCUUUAACGUGGAGACAGUGGAGUAUAAGAACAUCAGUUUUACUGUGUGGGACGUGGGUGGCCAAGACAAGAUCCGACCCCUCUGGAGACACUACUUUCAAAACACACAGGGUUUGAUCUUCGUGGUGGACAGUAAUGAUAGAGAGCGUGUGAAUGAAGCCAGGGAGGAGCUGAUGAGGAUGCUCGCGGAGGAUGAGCUGCGUGACGCUGUUCUCCUUGUGUUCGCCAACAAACAGGACCUGCCUAACGCAAUGAAUGCAGCUGAGAUCACAGACAAGCUGGGCCUCCACUCGCUCCGUCACCGCAACUGGUAUAUUCAGGCCACCUGCGCGACCAGUGGCGACGGCCUGUACGAGGGCCUUGAUUGGUUGGCCAAUCAGCUGAAGAACAAGAAGUGAGGAGUCUCAGUUGGGUGUGAGGGCUUAUUUAGGGAAAGGGGUGGGGUCAGUUGGGGAUACUGUAUUAUUUGGUUUGGUUUUGUUUGUUUCUUUCUGUUUUGCAAAUGUGUGGUUACUAGACCCUUCAGAUGGUCUGUGUAAAUGGACUUAUCACACAUGUUCACACAUCUAGAUAUAUCAUAUGGACACAUGCACACAUGCAUAUGUGCACGUUCACACACAUACCGAUACAACAGACAAGCAUUGGUGUCUCUUCUCCUUGGUGCACUUCUCCAUUUUCAGUGUAAACAACAGGCCACUUUUAACACAGUAUCAGUGAAGCAUCAAUAGAGCAUCCCCCUCAGUGUUUUUAUUCAUGUGCUAGUUUUCCCCUCCUUCGUCACUCUGUCUUUCGUUGUUUAUGAUGACUCAACGUGUUUCUACACACCUGUGGAAAAACAUUUUUUGCUAGUGCGUUAUGAGGUGAUGCAGUAUCAUCUGAUUGACUCCAUGUCAGUCUUGUAUUUUCAGUUUAGGGUUUAUAGGAAGUAUUUUUGUUAAGAAUAUAAAUUUUGCUGUUUGUCUCAUUGCACACAGACACAUAUACCUACUAACAUUAAGCAACUCUCUCCUUUUUCCUGUCAGUCAGUAACUGUGUUAGUUAGAGCUGAAUUGUGCCCUGCUGUGCUCUUCUGCAUGGCUUUGCUCCUUGACUGUUGCGGUUCUGGUGUUGUGGCUCAGUAGACAGUAGACUGCAUGCAUGUGAUCUAGAAGUAUAGAGCUGGUCGGUGUUGCAUGCCGCUUUGUGGCAAUGUUGUGUUAGAAAGAUGGCGUCAUGAAUGGCUGGCUGGAUCAGUUAGAUGUAAAGUUAGAUAUAAGUGAGGUGAAUGUAUAGAUUGUAUAGAAAAACAAAGGAAAGUCAUAGAAAGUGGUAUAAGUGCAUGUCAACAUACAACCCUUACACAUCAUGCAGUAUUAACGCAGUUGUGGGCUGGUCUAUCUGCAGCACGUCGGUAAAACUGUCAUAAAGUUGUACAAUUCAGUCAGGCAUAUUAUAGUUCUGUAUGGUUCUCUGUGGUGUUGGUAGAUGGAAAAAAUAACAGAAUAAAAGUGGAAAGAUAUUUAAAAUUGCAUUGUUAUUUGUUGACAUCACGCUUUUGUGUGCAUGGCUUGCAUGCUGUGCUCUUGGCCCGUAAGAUAGAUAGAUAGAUAGGUAGUUAGAUAGAUAGAUCGAUAGAUAGAUAGAUAGAUAGAUAGAUAGAUCGAUAGGUAGGUAGGUAUGUAGGUAGAUAGCUAUAUAGAUAGGUAGUUAGACAGGUAGACAGAUAGACAAAUACCUAGAUAGAUGCGGAAUGCCAUUUGUGGUCCCUGCUGUUGUUAAUUUCUUUAUUAAUCUGUAAUUGGUACGGUUACUGUAUGGUGUAUUAUUCUAGACUCUUUAACAUGUGUUACAUGUUUCUAGUUACAGACAAACUAAGAAAACGCAUCAAGCUUUUGCUUUAGUGCUGUGAGGAGUUGUAUAAUGUAAGUAAAUGACGCAUACAUACACCAACAAAACUGCUUUGAGACAAACUGCAUUACCUUGUGUUUCCCUGUGUUGCCUGUCAGUAUUCUGUUCCAGUACGCAAUGCGAGGGCUUGGAGUGACAUAUCACCCCAAUGAAUGUGAAUUUUGUUUCAUUAUUUAUUUGCUCAUAUUGUAUCAUAUUGUCUUUAUCUAUUUAUUUUAUUUAUUUAUUUGAAUGUUGUGUUCAAGUGAUUAGAGAAUGAUGAAUAUUUAUGCAAAUCAGGCCAGUUUUGCUGUUUUUAAAUGUUAGGUAAUCCAUUUUCACACAGUGCUUAUCCAUUUCACACAGUAAAUUCAUUUAAAUAUUAAAUACAUUCCACACUGUGUAGAUUAAAGAAUUUCUUUUAAAACACUAAGCGUUUACUGAGGCAUCUUCUAAUCCUGAUUCAUUAGUAAUGCAUGCUACUUCAUUAGCAGAUACGACUAGACUACUAGUGCUGUGUAGAGAGGGCACGAUACCUUUCAAACCCUCUAGACUAAAACGUAGGUCAUGAAUUCUCAAUGAACGUCAAUGUCAGACAAAAAGAAAUCCAGUCAUGAGGAUUUACUGACAAUUGCUUGUGAACCCACAUCCAGUACUAAUUUAAUGUAGUACAAAUCAUUCACACUAUAGGACUAACAUAUACUGCCACUCUAUUGAAAUACUAACUCAAAAAUGAACACUAUCAUACAUAUAACAAUGCGAUUCCAUUUACAGCAGUUCCAUGCGCUGGUGCAUUUCACUACUGGUGCACUGUACUACUUUGUUACUAUAUUACUGUCAACACACACUACCUACUUAAUGUAUUAAGCUGCUCUACAACCUUAACGUCCAUGUUUGAGCUGAACGUAUCCCAGGUUAGUUCUUUUGUUUUAAUACGUACAGACAUCGGUACACCCAAAGCACAGCAGUUCAUCGACAAAAACAGUAGUUUCUCUGAUUUACGGUACCAUUUACACAAAGCAUCUACUAAGUCUAACUAUAUUAGAUCAUGUGUCCGUGCUGUCCACACAUACUGUACAGUGUGAUUCACAACCUAUGUGUCCAGUCAGUUAAGUUUUGUGGCCUUAUAUUCUGUAUUAGAAAAAAUAAAUAAAUACUCAUCUAAGUUAUCGAUUUAAUGAGUUAUGAAUUGAUUUAGGGGCGGGGCUCUUAUACUUGGGAAAUAGACUGGGUCAUGAGUUUUAGUGAUGUUGCAAAAGCAUAUAUUCAUAGUGUUUAAAAUUUUUGUGUGCUUAUUGCUUUGCCGGGAAUGAGUUUGUAAGGGUGGUUUUAGUUCUUACUUCUGUCUUUUUACUUUGCUUUUGCUUACUUUACCAUUGUGGAGCAUUCUUCCUUUUUCCUUCUUUUUGUGUAAUAGGUCAAUCAUUUUGAUGGCUUUUACAUUGUCUGUGGAAAUGAAAAAUUGGGGGGAAAGGAAAUGGAAACUUCUCACUGAGUAAGAAAAAAAAGUGUGAAAAUCAUGGGGGAAAUCUGCUGUAUCUGUAACGAUGCUCCUAGUUUAAGAUAACUGCUGAUUAUUAUGAUGUAUUGUAGUCACCAGAAUCUCUCUCUCUCUCUGACCCUUUGACUGUAACAUGACUCUCAAAUAAAACAAUGAGAAUUACCAUCC